AUGCGGCGCACUUUUUAUGCGGCGAAGAUCUCGCCGGUCCCGGUGGGCGAUGCCGCUUUGGCGUCCUCGAAGGCGUAUCAUCCGCGGUACGCGCUGCCUCGGCAAAUGACUCUGAGCUCCUCGUUCAACACUGUGACGGACAAGAACCGCUUCACCUCAUUGGACCUCUUGUUGCAGAAGCUUAGCGGCUACGUCGGGCGCCGCCAGUACAAGAUGGCGUCCGAUUUAACACAGCAUUUGGAGAAGUUCAAGGAGCUCGGCAUUGACUGGCACGAACUCAAGUUUCUCCAGCGAGACGAGCUCGUAGAGCUUCUUAGUGGUUCCUUACGGCUCAACCACGCGGAGCGCGCGGUGGUGCUCAUCGCAUUGGAUGCAAAGGUGUGCGGUGUGCUCUGCCGAGAUACAACGCGACACUCGACGAAGUUGUGCAUGAACCCCGGCCUGGCGGAGCACGGGUGGCGCUGUGGGCAGGACGGGCACACAAACGACGUGUACUUUGAAGGCAAGGAGCAGGCGAACCCGGCAGUACUGCAGUUGGCGCACCGCUCUGCUGUUCGUGUGGCGCGCCGCGAUGGCAUCGACGUGGAGGUCCGUCAUGAACCGGACUUCUCCAUAGUGGGCCGUAACUCGGCUCAGCUGAACCCGCGCAUCUGGAAUGCACCGGAGCACAGCACCUUUGUGGUGACACCGAUUGGAUUCGAGUUCCGCGUCCACCCCGACGACCCGCGCGCCGUGCACCAGAUCGAGGAGGCUGCCUCCGAGUGGGAGCUGCACCUGGAAGUGGUGCGGCAAGUCAUCGCCGAGGUGCUGGAGUUGUACGCCGUGGAGCGGGGGGAGCAGCCGCUACAGCUGGUGCCAGGCGAAAUAGGGGAGCCAGAUGUGCCGGAGGUGUACAGUAGCGCGUUUCACGCGCGGCGAUCGUCCUCAUCGCAAGCCAAAGAUGACGGGCCAAUCACAGAACACCGCAUGAUGAGCGCGAAUGGGGCCGAGAGGCCGUGGUUUCGGACACCUCUGCCGCAGCGAUUCACGCGUGGGGUGCCAGAGCUUCUUCCUUUGGCGCCAACGAUUAUCUUGCACAGCGCCUUUCGGAGUAUCGAGCGCGAUAUCAGCUCUGCUGAGGUGAAUCGUCGACUCAUGCAGCCAGUCGUCGAUGUUUCGUGCCUCGUGCACCCGAACGCGUGCUUCUGGUGGAAUGCGGAGGAGGAGGAGCGUUCGACAAGACUGAUUCUCGACUACGCAAAACGUAUGCCGUUCGCACUGCCGUUCAACUUGUACUUCCGCGUUGACUCUGCUAAGGUGCUUCGUGCGAAGCCAAGCAUGGCUGAGGAGAGAGAGAGCUUGCUACGUGCAAAGCUACCGCUCUUCGACUUGCGCCAGUUUCGCUCCGUAGCACAGACAGCAGCGACCGAUUCGGAUGCUCCGUGA